AUGCGCCAGCGAGGCGUUGGGCUCCCUGCCGGUCAGCCUGGCCUCCUCAAGGUCGCUGGCGUCGUCCGCGCCGGCGGCGCGCAGCCUCGCGUCCAGCCUCGCGUCCAGCGACUCGCUGCGAAGCUGCGGGUUCAAGGACGAGACCAGGAGUCUGCGGCCUGGCGCCUCGUGGUCGCGCCCGCGGAGCUGGAAGCCGUAGCUCAGCUGCAGCCGUGCCAGCAGCUGGCCAUCAGGCACAUCCGGGCCCUCGCGCAGGACAACCACGAGAGGGCCCUCCCCUACCUGCAGAGGCGGGCGCUGGGCCUGGGGUUCUCCGACGGCGACCUCCAGAUGGCCCUGCUUUGGGUGCGGGACCUGGCGGACAUCAUCUGCCACGUCAAGCUCGAGAAGGUUGGGCCAGCAAUCCUGCACGACACCCACUACAGGAACCAAUUCGAGACGAACACCUCGUCGGGCUUUCUGAAGCACGAGGCCCGCAUCAGGUGGGAGAGGGUCCUGUUCGGCCCUGCGUACGACGGAGUUGAGGGGCUCGACCGCCCAAAGUACGGCGUCCAGAACAUCCUCAACGACUACCGAGGGCCCCUACAACCGUAG